GCACGAUAUGGAUCGCCAAAGAAAGCGGGAGCUCCGCACGUUGAACGAGAGCGCGUGGACUGGCGAGAGUGAUGUCUUCCCCGUAAGCAAGUCUCUCGACUCCGCCUUGAAGAAGAAUACCGCCUUUAUCAAGCGUCUCCGGACGGGGAUUACGGCUUCCGCUCUACAGACCUUCCUCACCGAUAUCCGCACUCUUUCGCUGCACAAGUACCUUUCAGAAAUUAUCUCCGCAUGCUACGAAGGUCUCUGCAAGCUUAAAUCUCCCGGUGAGAUAGCUGCAGGAGUCGAGGUUGUCAGCGCAUUGCAUCAGCGAUUUGGACCGGCUGAAUUUUCAAGGCGAAUCGGAUGGCUUCUCGGUAGGGGACUCAGUGUCCCAGAUAAGGCACAGUUGAAGGCUCUCAGUCAAGAGUUGCGGGAACGGGAAGAGAAGGACCGUCUCUCCAGACAUCGAGUCUUGCUCAGAGUCGUGACGGAGCUCUGGCUUGUUGGAGUUCUAAGGACCUUGGAUGAUAUCGAUCGACCAGAUGAUGUUGGUGUUAAAAGCAAAGAUAGCGCUGUCAGUUUGGGUGUGAAACCCUCCGACGGUCCUUCUAAAGCCAAGGCACCUUCAUUGGCCGGAAGGGAGCAGGACAAGGAGGCAGAACCGUUUCCUCUGGAAGUUCUAAAGGACCUUCUCCGCCAUGACCGCGAUCAUACUAACCUGUCUCUGGCCGUCCUUUUUGCGAAAAGCUUUUCCUGGGAUAUUCUCGGGGUCAAACCAGCCGAGGAGGGCAGAAAGACAGUCGAAGCUGAUGGGGCCAUGACGACAUCAACUACAGCGGAAAUUACCGGUGCAGAGGGAACUUCAGAUGCAACUGCUCAGAAUGAUCCUCCGCUCACCUCAGAAACGUUACAGAGUCGUUUUAGGAACGUCUUAACGCGAUAUCUGGAAGAUGUCAAGGCGCAUGUUAUCCGGGACCAGAAAGCUUUAGCAAACCAGAGCCGCCGGAAUGCUGAAGCUUAUGUUAAGAGCGGUGAAAUAUUUGAGGACCGACAAGCAAACUUUGAGAAACAGUCCAAGGCAUUGGAGAGACUUGUUUCAAAUACACAGGUCUUGUGUGAUAUUCUAGGAGUUGAUAUGCCGAACCUAGUCGAGAAUGAGACGGCAGAUGCUGCAUCGGGUGGUGGUAUUGGUCUGGUGAAAACUGCCGAAUACCUGCGGGGCCAGGGAGAGGGUCCAGGAAUCUGGGAAGAUGAGGAGGAAAGGCGCUUCUACGAAAACCUUGUUGAUCUCAAGGGGAAAGUUCCUGCGGUCUUACUCGAAGACAGCAAGAAGAAGAAGGCCGAAUCUGACGAUGCAGCAAAGAAGAAAGCAGAUGGUGAAACCGCGUUCGAGUCCGCUCUAGAUCAGCCACAACCUUCCGAGGAGAAAACGCCUACCGAAGCAGAUGAUCAGUCCAUAACUAUAGCAAGCAAGACUGUCGGUGCUCAAGUCGACGCACUACUUACUAAGCUUCCCGAGUUGCAAAUGAAAGACCAGGUCGAUCAGCUGGCUCUUGACUUUUGCUUUCUCAACUCGAAGGCAUCAAGAAAUAGAUUAAUCAAGGCUGUUUCGGAUAUCCCCAAGGGUCGAUCUGAUCUUCUACCACUGUACUCACGUUUGGUCGCGACACUCGGGCAAUACAUGCCUGACAUCCCCCAAGGAUUGAUCUCAUACCUUGAUGAGGAGUUCCGGAGCCUCCAACGGCGAAAGUCAAAGGAGUUCCUUGGUCAAGUUCGAAUGAGCAAUAUUCGGUAUCUCGCGGAAUUGACCAAGUUUGGUGUUGUUCCCGAACAUAUCAUUUUCCACUGCUUCAAAGUUUCUCUUGACGAAUUCUCACGCAUGAACAUUGAAAUCAUUGGUCAUUUGCUGGAGAACUGUGGGCGUUACUUACUCCGGAAUCCAGAGACGUCUCCGAGAAUGGUCUCGUUCCUUGAGACAUUGAGCAGGAAGAAGACCGUCCAGCAUUUGGGCCAACAAGAGCGAAUGAUAAUCGAGAAUGCGAUAUACUACGUUGACCCUCCCCCCCGUCCAGCAAUUCAACAAAAGGAACGCACGCCCGUGGAACUAUACAUCCGGGGAUUGAUCUAUUUAGAUAUGAAUAAACGCAAUUAUACGAAGGUCUUGAAGUCAAUCAGAAAACUCCAUUGGGAAGAACCGGAGGUGAUCGAGAUCCUAGAGCGUAUCUUCAGCAAGCCUGUGAAGGUUAAAUACGGGAAUAUUCAUCUUCUCGCGAUCAUCGUUAGCGCGCUGUAUAGAUAUCACCAAGACUUCGUCAUCGGCAUUGUAGACGACGUCCUCGAACAUAUUACGUUGGGCCUCGAGCAGAACGAUUUCAAGUUUAACCAGAAACGCAUCGCUGAAGUCAAGUAUCUUGGGGAACUAUACAACUACAAAAUGGUCGAUUCGCCUGUGAUAUUUGACACUUUGUAUCGGAUAGUCACUUUCGGCCACCAGGGCGGGACUCCCGUUCCCGGCAAGAUAAACCCGUUGGACUUGCCAGACGAUUUCUUCCGAAUCCGCUUAGUUUGCACUCUUUUGGACACAUGUGGUCACUGUUUCGAUCGUGGAUCUGCAAAGAAGAAGCUAGAUUUCUUCUUGACAUUUUUCCAGUACUACAUGUAUACGAAGGAACCGUUGCCGAUGGAUAUAGAUUUCCUCGUCCACGAUACGUACUCCAUGGUUCGGCCUCAGUGGAAACUUGCUGCAGAUUUAGAAGAGGCUGCUCGCUUGUUCGGCGAAGCGAUUGCUCAAAACUACAAGCUUCAAGAUUCUGAGAGGGCAGGCGAACCCGAAGACGAUGAUGCAGAAAGCGUGUCUUCAGAUGAUGGUCUUGAAGAGGACGGAAUACCUGAGAUAGAAGAGGAACAAUAUUCCAGUGAUGAGACUGAUCAUGGUGAUGAUGAAUCCGAGGAAGAUGAUCGGAUCUUCGUUAAACGCCAGGAAGAGGAACGUGAUCCGGAAGCAGAAGCCGAGUUCGACCGCGAGUUCGAAAAGAUGAUGGCAGAGAGUCUUGAAUCGCGAAGAUUCGAACGGAAGGCAGUAUUUGACGUGCCUCUGCCCAUGAAGCGACCUGGUCGUGAUGCGGUUCCUGGCGAGAAAGCUGUUGAAGGUUCUCAAACACCUAUUAGCACGAUGGCAUUCUCCCUGAUGACCAAGAAAGGAAACAAGCAACAGACUCGUACCAUUGAUCUGCCGUCGGAUUCUAGCUUUGCUGUUGCCAUGAGGACUCAGCAACAAGCUGACAGGGAGGAACAACAGCGGAUCAAAAACUUGGUUUUGAACUACGAGCUGUCUAAUGAACAAGAGAGUAAUGAUGGUCUGGAGAAGCGCAACACUCCCAGUCGCGAUUCAAGAAUUGACAAGUCAAAUGCGAAAGCAACUGGCUUCCGCGCAAGGAAACUUCAGCUCAGUGAUGUUGAUUGGUGAACGCAUGCACUCAGAAAUCGGCCACCUUGUUUCCACAUGAAAAAUCUCGCUGGGUGAUCAGAACAUCUUUGCCAUCGGGUUGUGAAUGAUGCCGUAAUUGAGACAGCCAUGCAUCAAUUUGUGGUCUAGCAACGCAUCGCAUACCACCUAUUUCAUGGAUAUUCUUAGAGCAGCGUCUUGACAAAUAAUGUCCGGGUGUUGAGCCGUCCGCUUUCGUCUCAUCUUGCGGCAGCUUGGAGAUAGCUAUGCUGGCGUAUCUUAUGGACUCGAACCCAGAAAGCCUACCUUUCACAGGUAAGCUAGUAUAAUUGUUCGGAUACAGAUCAGCAGAAGUUCGAUCUUCGCUAUCAUGACCAUGAAUGACCACUCAAAAAGGAGCAGAGAUGCGGCUGUGAGUAGUUGCGUCAUGUACGGCGAUUCAGAGCAAGGCGUCGAUUCGAUUCCAAAGACUUUUGCUGUUUAUUAUUAGGAGAUAUAUGCGUAGCAAUGGCAUAGUCUACUAUCUACAACAGAACAAUGAUGUCCCAAGUUUGAUGGGCGCUAAUAGCCAGAAUACAAUUUCGUUUUAUCAUGCGAAGCUAGACGGGGCGGACGAAGAAUGAAGUCCGAAAAGAUGCUCCCUUGAGAAGACGCAUGUUACUCCAGUCUGCAG